UAAUCCUUACAAUGUAAUAAUGCUAGCUUUGGUGAUAUUUCGUAUUCUCAAUUUUAUUGCUGCAAUUUUCUUUAUUUUGUCAGCAUUUGUACAAUACAAUGACCCAGAUCCUGAGCUAUGGAUUCCAGUAUAUCUGGCUCCUGCUAUCAUUUCUGGAUUAAUUGGUUUUAAGCCUUCACUAUCUGAAUCAAAAUUAAUAAAAGUUUUUGACUUUGAACAUAUAUUUUCUUUGCAACUAUUAUCUGCGUAUUUGUUGCAUCAAAACUAUCAGAAUAAUUUCAUCCACUGGGUGGUGCAUGAUGAAGUGGGGAGGGAGUUUGGCGGACUUGUGAUUGUUAUAUUUUGGAUUAUUUUUAUGCACGAAACAUCACAUUUAUCUGUGAAGAAUUGGUUAUCGUCGGUUUUUAUAUGGAUUCCGAUUGCAAUGUGGAUUUAUGUUUAUAACAAUCAGGAAUAUUGUGAACUUUGGCCUCAACAUUGCCAGACUGCUCUUUAUCCGGAAAGUUAUCCUCCAGGAGAGGAAGGCUGAUAAGACAACUUGACAAUUUUUGUUAUAAGAAAAUUUCUCUAAGUAAGGUUAUGCACACGAAGUCAAAAGCAAAACAGGUCUUUUUAGAUAAGUUACAGGCGACCACAGAAGUGUCAAGAGCUGUUGAAAUGGUAAAGAUUUAUAUUAAUCAACUAGGUUUUAGUAAAUACCAAAUGACACAAGGCAUGAAGGAGCUCAAUAUAACUAGAAAAACAGUUGAUAAAUUGGAGUGGUACUGAUACAGACGUCCGACAGGUUACCAUAAAUUUGCCACUACUUUAGAAAAUAUAUUCAAAUGUCCUAUAAACCAGCAUGGUACCAAAAGCCGGGUCUGAAAAGUCAGUAAAUCAUAAUGAAGCAUUUGAUUGAACAUUUUACUACUUGAUUUUUAGGAUAGAAUAGGAUUUACAUAUUUAUUCCCUUAUGAAAGUCAAUAAUAUGGCUCAAUCAUAUGGACCAGAGCGUCCAGUCUGGUUACCAGUCCAUGUCGAGUGUGGGAUUAGUUAGCUAGUUAUUCAUUUUCAGAUGCGUGAACUUGAUGGUGGAUGAAGGCAAAUCCGACCCGUGCUUAAUGUUACGUGAACCACCCUACGGCCGUGAGGAGUCCAGCGAUCCUCUCGCACAUAAUUAUCCCAAAGGAUUCGAACCUGCGCACUUGCGCAAGGUAAUCAAAGGUGCGGUGGCGGGCAUAUUCCCAAUAUUAAGCCUGAUGCGAUACAUUGUCCUGUUCUCUCUUAAUUUAAUUUUA